CAAGAGUGGAACAAUUGCGGACAUUCCAGCCGCGAGGCCAUGGAGCUUGGUUGUGUGAUGGACCCGCCGCUCAACUCAUGGAUGCCCCCGCAGUGUUACUUCCACGAGCUCACGUCGUCGCUGCCGCCCAUCUUCGAGAACCGACAGUACUACAGCGACGUCAACAUGACCCAGGAGAUCACAGUGCAGCAGCUGUACGACGGAGAGUUCCCGAGUGUCUACACAAUGCGGUACCACGACGAACACUGCCUUUUCCAGUGGAGAAAGCUGCAGUACGCCUUCGAGAAGAAAAUGAAGUACAUCGACACCAAGACGUCCAAUUACCAGCAUUCGAAGCAUUGUGCAGACGCGCUGCAGGAAGGGCGGGAACCCCAGACCGGGCUUGGCCAGGAGGUUGUGCUUGGCUUCUACCGUUGUCAUAGGACUACUUGGUGA